AUAUGGACUGAUGACAUGCUGAGUUGGCAAAGAACUGCCUUCCAUUUUCAGCCUAUGAAAAAUUGGAUGAAUGAUCCUAAUGGUCCAUUAUUCUACAAGGGAUGGUAUCAUCUUUUCUAUCAAUACAACCCGGAGUCGGCGGUAUGGGGGAACAUUGUAUGGGGGCAUGCGGUGUCACGUGACUUGAUCCACUGGCGCCACCUUCCCAUUGCCAUGGUUCCCGACCACUGGUACGACGCCAACGGCGUCUGGACCGGCUCCGCCACCUUCCUCCCCGACGGCCAGCUUCUCAUGCUCUACACCGGAGCAACCAACGACUAUGUACAGGUUCAAAAUCUAGCGUACCCGGAAGAUCUAUCCGACCCGCUUUUGCUCAAAUGGGUCAAGUAUGAGGGUAACCCGGUCCUUGUUCCGCCCUCGGGAAUCGGGUCCCGGGAUUUCCGUGAUCCCACAACUGCCUGGUACAGUGAAGCCCAGGGCAGGUGGCACAUCAUGAUUGGUUCCAAGAUUAACAGGACUGGGAUCACCAUGGUUUUUGACACCGAGGACUUCAAGCACUUCAGGCUGGUAAACGGGUUGGCCCAUGGAGUUGCGGGUACGGGUAUGUGGGAGUGUGUGGAUUUUUACCCAGUUUCGACCACCGAAGGGAUCGGGCUCGACACCUCGUACGUUGGGCCCAACAUAAAGCAUGUUUUGAAGACCAGCCUUGAUGAUGACCGGAAUGACUAUUAUGCCCUUGGAACGUACCAGGAGCCGGGCGAGAAAUGGAGGCCCGAUGAUCCCACCAUCGACGCCGGCAUCGGGUUAAGAUAUGAUUAUGGAACAUAUUAUGCCUCUAAAUCAUUCUAUGAUCCAUCAAAGAAGAGGAGAGUUAAUUGGGGUUGGAUUACUGAAAUUGACAGUGAAACUUCUGAUUUACAAAAGGGUUGGGCUUCACUUCAGGGCAUACCAAGGACCAUAUUGUUUGACAACAAAACCGGCACCAACCUCAUACAAUGGCCAGUGGAGGAGGUUGAGAAGCUAAGAGGUCAAAGAUCCAAAUUUGAGAAGGUGGAGGUGAAACCAGGUUCGGUUGUACAACUUGACGUGGGAAAGGCGGAUGAGUUGGAUAUCGUGGCGGAGUUUGAAGUUGAAAAGGAUGCAUUUGAAAAAGCAGUAGGAAGUGACAUCCCAUAUAGUUGCGCAGCCGGAGCUGCCCAACGCGGUGUUUUAGGGCCGUUUGGCUUGCUUGUUAUUGCUAAGGAUGAUUUUUCCGAGCACACUCCGAUCUACUUCUACAUUGCCAAGGAUACAAAAGGAAAUUUCAAAACUUUCUUCUGUGCUGAUCACUUAAGGUCAUCCCUGGCCAACGAUGUAAGAAAGAUAACCUAUGGUAGCACAGUUUCUGUCCUCGACGGUGAAAAUUUCUCAGUGCGAAUAUUGGUGGAUCAUUCAAUAGUGGAGAGCUUUGGUCAAGGUGGAAGGACAUGCAUAACAUCAAGAAUCUAUCCAACUAGUGCAGUUGGUGAAGAUGCAAAGGUGUUUGUGUUCAACAAUGCAACGGAUGCCACCAUUACCGCAUCGGUUGAGAUCUGGCAAAUGUCUGAAAUGGAUUCUGCUGCUCCUCACAACUUCAACAACUGGGGAACUUGUACCUACAUCAUCUUCAUCGUCUUCUUCUUCCUCUUGUAG